AUGAGAAAUACGACUGGGAACCUCCCCCGUCUCGGUCUGCCUCUGCUCCAAAUAUCUCCAUCUGGCGCUGGGUCUAGUCUCUCGAUGGGCUCGUACUAUCGCGAGCAUGUCUCUUACCCCAAUGUCACUGCCGGUCCCUAUCCUCCCGACCUCGCCGCUACCCUCGAGAGUGUCGGCAGCAACAUCACCAAUACUCACCAAGACGAUCCCAAGUACUGUUCCGUCAAAGGAUGUUCCGCCUCGCUCCCUUCCGGUUACCCACACAAGAUGUGCGAGGAGUGUCGGGGGCGGCAUCGCGUAUAUGCCAUGACAAAACGCGCAAAACGCAAAAUGGAGAAGGCUUUGCUCAACGGCUCCGCGCAGCACGGCCAGCCCGUUGCUUGGAUGCCCCCAGACGAGACCGGCCAGCAGGCGCAGGACCAAUCGGGGCAGUCAUCCGAGGCAGCCGCGAGCCCGUCGCGUCAAUACGAGGUCCCGGUGCAAGGCCAGAACCACGAAGGAUACGACUUUUCACAGCAAUGGGACGCUAGCUCGAUUGAUCCUCGUCUCUUCUCUCAUACUCAUACGGCAUCUGAACUCGCUGGGGCACUAACACUCCCUCCGUCUCAUCACCCUGUCAAUAAUGAGCAGUAUUCAAGACACAACCAACCGCCACAGCAAAGACCGCAUCAGCGCUCUGUUACGUCUCCUCCCUCUUCCCCGUCUCCGUCUGACGCACCAGAGAUCCACCCGGUACUUGCUGAAGUGCUGAAGUCUGUACCCGGUCUCAGCUUCACGACGCGUGUAACCUCUGGUCCGACGAUCUCCUCGGGUUCCGCCGAAGGACCGCUCCCUCCGCGAUUCUGCUCCAUCAAGGGCUGCAAGACGCUCAUCGCCGGCAACUCGUUCUUCAAGAUGUGUGAGCCCUGUCGGGAUCGCUAUCGCAACUACGGGACGACCAAGCGCGCCAAGUGGAAACGCGAGAAGGAAGUGGCCGUCGCUGAGCUGAACAAGCUCCGCGCGGAAGAGGACGUACGGCGCGCGGCCGAGGGCCUCCCACCCCUUCCCCCUCCCGACGACGUGGACUGGCAUGAUUACCACCCUGGAGAAGACGACGCAGCGGACCCGACGUUGAGCACCCCUGGAUCUAGCGGAGCCGGCGAAGGGGGCGACAGCGCUGCGCCUGCGGCGGUCCCGCCCCGCAUGUGCACGGUCUCGCAUUGUCGCGAGAUCCUACCGGGAGACUACCAGUUCCUCCGCUGCGAGCGGCACCGCAUCCAGAACCGACACCACAGCAAGCUGAAGCGCGUUCGGGACAAGGAGGUCAAGGCGCAGGUCUAUGACGGCUGGGCCGCAGCGAUCGCCCCUCGCGCGGACAGCUUCGACAGCGUGGAGGACCGUUCUGCUGAGGACGACCCGGCGGCGACGGCGACGGUCGACCCUGAUGAGGUCGCUGCGCAGGAAAUCGCGCUUGCAUUCGGAGAGCUAGACCGGUCUCACGAAGGUGAGGGUAAUCCUGCACCUGAGUUUGCGAACGUCGUGCCGGAGGCCGCUCCUAUGGUCACAAUCGUCCAGGAGACGGGCACUGGGACGCAGAUCGUGGUGGAAGAGCCGGCAGAUGAUACUCCGCUCGGUGAUUCAGCCUCUGGGGUGCCCCCCGCUGCGCGCGGGUUCCGGAGGACGAACCACGUUUGCUCGAUUAAGCAGUGCGCAAAUUUGCUCUCCCCAAGCAACCCAUGGAAGAUGUGCGACCUGUGUCGGUCACGCGACCGCGCCGGACGGCGGCUGAAAGCGCUGCGGGACAGCGGGCUCAUCCCCGCCGAGCUCGCCGCGGGGAAGAUCGUUGAGGUGAAGAUGGAGGUUGAGAGGUUGGAGAGGGAGAAGGGCCCGAGGAAGGAGAAGAGGCCGAAGGCGAAGAAGGCGAAGAAAGGAUCGGAGAGCAACGCUGACGCGGAUGCGCGAGAGAGGGAUUCGGCUGCUCCGCCUGAGCAGCUGCAGCAGCCCGGACCGGGGACGUCGGUCGCGGCGAUACAACAAGAUGGGGACUCUAGCACGUCUGUGUUCAGCGUCCCGGUGCAGAGCCACGAGAAUCUGAUAUUCAUGGAGCCGUUGUUGGGGCCGCUCGCAUCUAACCUCGAGCCGCACCUCGCGCAAGCCAGUGGCAGCGGCACGUCUAACAGUGGAGGUAAUCAGGCGUUGGCGGACUGUCAAGCCCAGGGCGCCGCAACCUCUGCCACCAAUGUGAUUGUUAAUGGACUAUCAGGCUCCGAUGCGUUAGCGGCUGCAACUCUCACUACCACGAAGAAACAGAACAAAGGCAAAGGCAGGGCGACUGCACAAACAACCGAAGACUCGGGCGAGACUGCCACGGUGAAGUCCACCAACGCCGCUCCCACAUCGACUGCAGAGACCUCUCACCAGGGAUCACCCACUUAUCCAUAUUACCCUCCGCCUCCAAAUGGCCAGCAUCCCUACCCAUACUACAUGCCUCCUUACAUGCCGCCAUACAGCGUGCCAGCGUUUCACUAUGGCUACCCGCCUCCUCCAUCGCAAAGCAAAGCAGGGGCAGGAGCGUACUCUCCCCCGCCCGCCUACCAGCCGCCGCCCUACGGUGCUUACCCAUACUCGUACCCAUAUGCCAGCCAUCCCCAUCCGUAUCCUAGCCAGUCCUACCCACCGCUGCCUGGUCAGUCGUAUCCCCCACCGCCUGUCGUACAACCAUAUCCUCCUCCUCCCGCGGGACACUCAUAUCCUCUGGCUACGUCUUAUCCCCCGCACCCCUCAGGGGACCAAUCCCAGUCUCAGCAGCCAUACGCCAGGCAUGCACCGUAUCCUCAACCUGUGCCGCCGUAUCCUUACACGCAUCACUAUUCGGUUGCUGCGGCGCCCCCACAAAACCAACCUCCACCGUCGCAACCGCCCCGGCAGCAGCCUGAGCCGCAACCUCGACCGACGAAUCCUCCUACUCCUGCUCCCGAAGAACCUGGUCCUUCUGGCGCCGCUCCCUCCGCCUCGACUAGGCGACCCCAACCGCCUAGGACUUCGACGAAGGAUAGCUCUACCAGCGGCGCACCCAAUGACAACGACAAUAGCAUCGGCAGUAAUGAGUCGGCGCAAAGGCAAGCGACGUUCAUCGUACGUACGAGCGAGACGUACGGAUCAACGUCCACCAACACGAAUGGUCACAAGCCCAUUCCUGUGUUCAAGCGGCAGCGAGAGGAGGAUUACAGGGAUACGUCCCCGAGCAAACGCUCGGAGCUGGACGCUGGCGGGACAUACUCAAGGUUCCAAAUAGUUAUGGCAAACACAUCGGCUCCUCCAACUCAUCGGACACCGUUCCCUGGCGAAGGCAUGAUGGACACUUCGAGUUUGACUCCACCCCCUGCGUAUGGCUAUGCUCCGCAACCUCCCCUGGCUGCGUCCGAGCAAGCUGUGUUUACUGCUCCUUCUAUUGCUCAAGUUGCUACUGCGGCGGAGAGUCAGAAUCCAGAGAAGGCUCAGUGCAGUAACAAGACCUGCAAGCGCAUCGUGCCCAGCGGAUCGACUGGCUCGUUGUGCGAGCGCUGUCGGGAGCGCCUCAAGAAGAAGCAGGCCAAGGCGAAGCACCGUUUCAAGCUGGAGCCAAAGGCGCUCUUGGGGCGCGACUCCCCUCUUGUAGCUACGGGUUGAGAAGAACCACCGUUGACUUAGGUAGUGUUAAACUAAUAUCCGCCGAC